AUGCCUAUGCUAAACGGGCAUCAGAAUGGCGGGCCAAUUGAGGGAAUUCCCUCAAAUGGCCGCCAAAAGAUUGUAAUUGUUGGCCUGGGAAUGGUGGCCAUCGCCUUGAUCGAGAAAAUAAUCAAGCAGGACACCGAUCGAAAUUAUGAUAUAGUCGUCAUUGGAGAAGAGUCCCACGUAGCAUACAAUCGGGUUGGACUAUCAACGUUUUUUGAGCAUCGCAAAAUUGAGGAUCUAUACCUCAAUCCAACAGAAUGGUAUGAUUCAUUCGAGGAACGAGGCUUUGAUCACCAUCUCAACACUCGAGUCACUUCAAUCGACCCAACAACAAAAACCGUCCAAACCUCAACCGGCGAUACAAUCACCUACGAUAUCCUCGUUCUCGCAACAGGCUCAGAUGCAACCCUCCCUACCCAGACAUCAGGCUAUAACGCCAAAGGUGUCUUUGUAUACCGCACAAUCUCGGAUUUGGAACGACUCAUCGACUUUGCCGCACAGCAUAAAGGGCAAACGGCUGUUGCAGUCGGAGGUGGACUGUUGGGUCUCGAGGCUGCAAAGGCAAUGACAGAUCUGGAAGACUUCGGCAAUGUCAAGUUGAUCGAUCGCAACAAAUGGGUGCUGGCUCGCCAAUUAGAUGCCGAUGCCGGAACAUUGGUGACUCGCAAGAUCCGCGAGUUAGGGCUUGAGGUUCUUCAUCAGAAGCGGGUGAAGACUGUGGAUACAGACGAUGACAACAAUGUCGUUGGCAUUACAUUUGAGGAUGGGGAGGUUAUUGACUGCUGCUGUAUUUGCUUUGCGAUUGGAGUUCAACCCCGAGACGAACUGGGUCGAGAUAUUGGCAUCCAGUGCGGCGAACGCGGAGGUUUCGUGAUCGAUGAAAGUCUACAAACCUCGAUUCCGGACAUCUAUGCCGUCGGCGAAUGUGCAAGCUGGAAAAACCAAACAUUCGGCAUCAUUGCACCCGGUAUUGAAAUGGCCGACGUGCUGGCCUUCAACCUCACCAACUCACAAAAGCCACGACGAAGCUUCACACGACCGGACCUCAGCACCAAGCUCAAGCUGCUGGGAGUUGACGUGGCCAGCUUUGGUGACUUCUUCGCCGAUAGAGACGGUCCGAAGUUCCUUCCUGGUCGUCGCCCUUCCACUGCCCCAGGUGUGGGAUACAACCUGAAAGAGGAGCCUCUCGUGAAGGCUUUGACGUACAAAGACCCCUUUGCCGGUGUGUACAAGAAGUACUUGUUCACCAUGGAUGGGAAAUAUCUGCUUGGUGGCAUGAUGAUCGGAGACACGAAUGAUUAUCUGAAGCUGAACCAGAUGGUGAAGCUCCAGAAAGAGCUUGAAGUUCCCCCAAGCCAAUUUAUCCUUGGAGCACAGAGUGGCGGGGAAGAAAACGCAGAUGAUCUUGAUGAUAGCACGCAAAUCUGUUCUUGCCACAACGUUACCAAAGGCGACGUUGUUGAAAAUGUGAAAAAUGGCACAUGCAAGUCUAUUGCCGAAGUCAAGUCAUGCACAAAGGCUGGCGCAGGAUGUGGCGGUUGUAUGCCUCUUGUGCAAUCCAUCUUCAACAAGACUAUGCUGGAUAUGGGCCAAGAAGUGUCCAACAACUUAUGCGCACACAUCCCAUACUCCCGCGCCGACCUUUACAAUAUUGUGGCCAUCAAGCAGUUGAAGACUUUCCCCGAAGUCAUGAAAGGCGCUGGAAAGAAUCCUGAUUCUCUCGGAUGCGAACUGUGCAAACCGGCAAUUGGAUCAAUCUUGUCCAGUCUCUUCAACCCACACGUCAUGGACAAGGGUUACAAUGACCUCCAAGACACGAAUGACAAAUUCCUCGCAAACAUUCAAAGAAACGGCACAUUCUCCGUGGUGCCGCGAAUUCCAGGCGGAGAGAUCACUGCCGACAAGCUCAUUGCCAUCGGUUCAGUGGCGAAGAAGUAUGGCCUAUAUUGCAAAAUUACUGGCGCACAGCGUAUCGAUAUGUUCGGCGCGAAGAAGCAAGAUCUCCUGAACAUUUGGACUGAGCUUGUUGACGCUGGAAUGGAAAGUGGACAUGCAUAUGCAAAGGCACUUAGAGCAAUCAAGAGUUGCGUGGGAACUACAUGGUGUCGUUUCGGUGUUGGAGACAGUGUCGGCAUGGCAAUUCGCCUUGAAGAGCGAUACAAAAGUAUUCGCGCGCCACACAAGUUCAAGGGAGCAGUUUCUGGCUGUGUGCGUGAAUGUGCCGAAGCACAAAACAAAGACUUCGGACUCAUCGCCACAGAUAAAGGUUACAACAUCUUUGUUGGCGGCAAUGGUGGUGCCAAGCCUAGACACUCUGAGCUGCUCGUCACAGAUGUACCGGCCGAGAUGGUGAUGCCCAUCAUUGACCGAUAUUUGAUCUUCUAUAUCCGAACUGCCGACAAGCUCCAGCGAACAGCACGCUGGAUCGAAAACCUCCCUGGCGGAAUUCACUACCUCAAAGAAGUGAUUGUCGAUGACAAGCUUGGAAUCUGCGCCGACAUGGAACGGCAAAUGCACGAGCUUGUCGAUAGCUACUUCUGCGAGUGGACGGAAACAAUCAAAGACCCAAAGCGUCGGAAGGUCUUCCAACAAUUCGCAAACACGGAAGAAACUGUUGAGAAUGUCGAAGUGGUACAGGAACGUUCACAACAACGUCCAACAUACUGGCCAAAGGACUCGACCACCCAAGAGGACUUCAAAGGUCACCAGUGGUCGAGCGUCUCCUGGCAACCUGUCAUCAAAGCCGACCAUUUCUCAGAUGAGCCGCCUCAGGUAUCAUCAGCGAACGUCAAGCGUGGAGAUACCCAGCUUGCUGUGUUCAAGAUCAAGGGCAAGUUCUACGCAACACAACAGAUGUGUCCCCACAAGCGAGCAUUUGUUCUCUCUGACGGUCUAGUCGGAGACGACGAUGCUGGCAAAUACUGGGUGUCGUGUCCGUACCACAAGCGCAACUUCGACCUCAAUGGGGAACAAGCAGGACGGUGCUCGAAUGACGAGAGCAUGAACAUUGCCACAUUCCCCGUUGAGGAAAGAGAUGACGGGUGGGUGUACCUCAAGCUCCCGCCUGUGGAGGAGUUGGACUCGGUUUUGGGCACGGAGAAAUGGAAAGUGCGGAAGGGUGAAGCCGAGGACCCAUUCCACAAGGUCGAUAAGAAGUUCAAGGGCAUGAAAGGGAAGAAAGUCCUUGACGGAUUCUUGACCAAGGCACCGGCUGUACAGCCGGCCAAGACAAUUGAUUGGUAG